AUGUCUGAUAAAAUAAGUGUAUACGGCGUCGAAAACCCACAAUUGAAUACUGGACAAAAAGUUAUAAUUCGAACGUUGUAUGAUUACGUGUCCAAUUAUAAACGGUUAAUUCCGUUCGGAUGUGAAUUAUCAAAACAAGAUCCAGAAUUAUGGAUUGAAUAUAUAUGUGAGUUAUGUCCGAUUCGAUUUUAUGUGAUUGGGGAUGGUAUCGCAUAUCAAAAUAACUGGGACAAACAGAUGAUCACCUAUGAUUUGGAAAAGAAUAAAAAAAACGACUUAGAGUCUCCAAAUAUAUGGAAAUGUUUACUGAAGGGAGAAAUUAAACUUGAAAGCAUUCAAGCAAUAGAGGGAUUAGAAUUUUAUUUGAAAACUGUACCUCCACUCUUAUUAGACGAAAUUAAAAGUUUAGCUAGUGAGCUCUCUGGUGCUAUUCACUGUGCUGAUUCAAAGCUAAAUGAACGUUCGAAUAGUGUUACAUCAAAACUAUACCAAUGGUUCAAAACAGCUGUUCAAUCUCAACGUAUAAAAUUAAAUAUUGUGACCAUUCCUGCAAAUUUUAAGCUCCCAAUACAAGCUCUUGAUCGGCCAAACAUCAACGAUUAUAAUUACUCAGUAUUAUGUACCCAAAUGGAUAUCGAACCAUACCAGCGACAUUAUUCUCAACCAUUCGUGUACUUGAACUAUUCUGAUUGUAAUGAACAAGAAAAGAAUGAUGCACUACAACUAAUAGAAAAGGAUCUUGGAAAGGAGAAGUUCAAAAUCAUUGAUUAUUCACAUUAUUCGGACUGGAGAACAAACCAGAAUAUUUUAACACUUAUAAAUGAAGAUGUUUUGUAUGUCAUUACUAUAUUUGGUACUGAUUCAGCAAAGACAGAUGAAAAUGAGCUUGCCAAAAGAGUUUACGAUUUUAUACCAAAAAAUCGUAUGUCAGAGAUCAAUUCACAAGGUCAUCUAUGUCUACGCGUUCCUGAAACACAUGAUUAUCGUUAUCUCGUUUCGUACGUCUACAUAGCGUAUGUACAUUGUACGCCGGAUGAAAUCGAAAAAUUCAACGAACUGUUAGAAAAACUUCAAAACCAACUUGGGCCUAAUUAUCGGUUUGCUACUUAUAGGAACUACGAGUUUAUCAGAAAUUUUGGUUUAAUCAUUGAUACUAUUAAACGAAAUUCGGUUUAUUAUAUUGUUGUAAGAGGAUCUAAGUACGAGUCAACAGAAGUUCCUAUGAAUCACGAAGAUAUUGUUGCUCAAUACUUAGAAAAUUACAUACAAGCAAGUGCAGAAUGUAAAGGAUUUGUAUUUCGUUAUUCAUAUGAAGAUAAAACAUUAUUGAAACAUCCAACAGUUUUGAUUUACCAAAAGCUAGCCAUAAAAAACCUGUUUGACAGUAUUCAACAUACACUCAUUAUGAGACAAAUCAAUCUAGCGUUUAAUCAAAUGGCAUUUGUAUACAACUUACACUGUCAACCGUUACAAUCAGGUAAUCUAUGCUUGAAUGAGUUAGAAUUUUAUUUCUUUUGA